AUGAAGUCCAUCCUCAUCACUUCCGCUUUCCUCGCCCCCUCCGUCCUCGGAGCGGCACGCCCUCCGCGCGCUGCCGCCGCCAUCUCCACCCUGACCAUCGAAAUCCCCUCUCAGGGCGUGGGCUUCACCAGCACCGUCGCGGGUUGCGGCUCGGUCGCCCCCUUCGCCGUCGUGGCCGUCGCCAACGGCAGCUUCUUCCCGGGCACGAACACCAUCUUCCUGCCGGCGCAGGCCUCCCCCUCGACGACGACCAUCGUCAACGCCGAGGAGUCGGCCACGCAGGUCCUCGUCGCGCAGCCGCUGGAGGGCUCAUGCCAGGACUUCCCUCCCAGCGCCCCUGCCUCCAUCACCGACAUCUCGCAGCUCACCGCCACCGGCACCGACGGCACCCCGACGGCGACCGACUCGGCCUGCCCGCUCGGCACGCUCGCGUCGGCGGUCAGCGGCGCCGCCGAGGACGUCAUCGACGCCAUCAACAAGGUCACGCUGCUCUCGCAGAACCUGCAAGCCGCCGCGAAGCAGAUCGGCGGGUCUGCCUCCAAGCACCGUCGCAACACUGACGACUCCUCCACCACGGACCUCGAAGCCCGCCAGUUCAACACGCCCAUCAUCCAAGUCGCCAGCGGCCUGCGCGACGUCGUGACGACGCUGACGAUCAGCAUCCCGCGCAUCACGGUGCUGCCGCCGUUCGACCCGGGCGACGCGUCCGACGCCAUCGUCAUCGCCCUCAUCUCCUUCGUCCGCGUCCACCAGGCGCUGCUGAACAUCCUGAUCGGCCGUGCUGGGCUCAUCAGCAACUUCCCGUUCGCCGACGCCGACGUUGAGGAGUUGACGGCCAUCGCGGCUGAGAGCCAGACGGCGCUGGAGCAGUUCUUGGGCAGCAGCGGUCAGUCGAUGACGGGUGCGGGUGCUGCGGUCGCGGCGGCUGGCAGCAGCAGCAACCUUGAGGCCAGGGUCAAUCCGAUUGGCGCGCCGAUUGCGGCGGCGCUGAGGGCGGUUGAGGGCGUCGUGGAUAGCUUGGCGUUUGCUAUCAUUGAUUUGAUCCCGUCGAGGAAUGAGUGCGCCAAGGAUCAGAAGACUGCGAUUGAUGGCACUCUGCAGGAGUCCAUUGAGGCCUACUCUUAG